AUGGCACCCCACAACAUCUCCGUCAUCUACCCCGCCGGCACCAAGUUCGACAUGGACUACUACCUCAAGAGCCACAUGCCGCUGGUACAAAAGAAAUGGGCUCCUUACGGCCUGACGAGCUGGAAGGUCGCGCACUACACCAACGAGGGCGCGCCCUACGUCGUCCAGGCCUGGCUCGAGUUCGGCAGCGCAGACCAGUGGGCCAAGGCUUCCGCCAGCCCCGAGGCCAAGGAGGUCAUGGGCGAUAUUCCCAACUUCUCCGACAAGCAGCCGGCUAUGCUGAUCGGCGAUGUUGUGGGCGGGGAGACGUGCUGA